GCUCGAUGAUAUUUCUUAUCAUCCUCCUAUAGAAAAGUGAAAACUAAAGAGGAUUCUAUCUAAUAGCGUCGCGAUGAUUACGCCAGGCUAAUUACAGUGGGAAAGAAAUGAAUAUCAAACAACUAAUUUAUAAAUCAUUUACACGUAUUUUUCGUCGAUACCUCGAUCUUAUGUACACGUUCAUUUCAAGCUGGUUAUCGUAUUUAACGAAAAGCCGAAAUACUCUUCGUACUUUGAACAGAUGCAAGGGUGUUAAUAUGAAACCGAAAACAAUUGGAAUUGUCGGUGGUUCGAUGCUUAGUUUUGGAAUUUUCGUUUGUGCCGUGAUUUUUCCUCCAUUUCUAAGAUCACAAAUUAAGAAGCAAGUGGGGCUAAAACCUGGCUCGGAUAUGCGCGAACUAUGGUCCACUUUCCCGCUUCCGUUAGACUUCAAGAUUUAUAUUUUUAACGUAUCGAAUCCUACGGAAAUAUUGGCAGGAGCCAAGCCAAUUGUUCAAGAAGUGGGACCAUUUUUUUACGACGAAUACAAGCAUAAAGUGAAUCUAGAAGAUCGAGAAGAAGACGACACUGUCGAGUACAAUUUCAAAUCGACCUGGUACUUUAAUCCAUCGAAAAGCAACGGUUUAACCGGCGAAGAAGAACUGGUUGUGCCUCAUCUUUUUAUACUGGGCAUGAUUAAACUUACGCUAAUGGAACAGCCAAGCGCAAUAGGAAUCGUCAAUAAAGCGGUGGAUAGUAUUUUCAAGAAACCCGGCACCGUGUUUGUCAAAGCGAAAGCGAAGGAUAUACUUUUCGAUGGUUUGCCUAUCGAUUGUACAGUGAAAGACUUUGCCGGAGCUGCGACUUGUAACGUUUUAAAAGGAAAAGCUGAAGAGAAUGGUUUAUUAUCGGACGGCGAGGGACAUUACCGUUUCUCUUUAUUUGGUUCUAGAAAUGGCUCGGCGGCAGCGAAACGCAUCAGGGUGUUCCGUGGAAUAAAGAAUUAUCGGGACGUGGGACGGGUGGUCGAAUUCGAUGGAAAAACAGAGAUGUCGAUUUGGAGCGCGGAACAUUGUAAUCAGUACAAUGGCACGGAUACCACGAUUUUUCCACCGUUCAUCAAAGAAGGAGAUGAGAUUAUGACGUUCGCGGCGGAUCUUUGCAGGAACAUGGGCGUUCAGUAUAGUCACAGGACCAAGGUUAAAGGUGUCAACACGUACCAUUACACAGCCGGUUUAGGAGAUAUGAGUACAAAUCCAGAAGAAAAAUGUUAUUGCCCUACACCGGAUACCUGCUUAACAAAGAAUCUGCAGGAUUUGUACAAAUGUAUGGGCUCGCCUAUCAUUGGUUCUCUACCACACUUUUAUGGCUCGGACGAAAAAUAUCUGGAAAUGGUCGAAGGACUUCAUCCGGACAAGGAGAAACACGAAAUUGCUAUGGAUUUAGAACCAAUGACAGCCACUCCGUUAAAGGCAGCGCAAAGAUUGCAAUUUAAUAUGUUCCUUCACCCGAUGGAAAAAGUGAAAUUAAUGAAACGUUUCCCGGAAUGUUUGUUCCCGUUAUUCUGGAUAGAAGAAGGUAUAUUGCUGGACGACGAGUACGUGAAACUAGUAAAGACCUUGUUCAAAGUGAUAAGUAUCGUUGGAUUUAUGAAAUAUUUUACGAUACUCGUCGGCGCUUGUGUAACUGGAGCAGCAGGUGCUUUAUAUUAUAAGAACAUGGAUAAGAAUAAGUUGGAUAUCACCAAAGUGACACCACAGUCUCAGAAUGGCCAAGACGAUGAGCAGAAAAAAUGGUCGCCCACCAUGAAUAUUAGCACGAUACAAAGUGCUACGGUACCGCCCAACCUAGACAACGAUUAAGUAGGCCUUUCUUUUCUUUAACGCAAAGAAAACCGCGGCGAUCUUUUCACCGUUAGUUCCCCAAAACUAGACAAUUACUACGUACCUCUAAUCGCAAGGGGGUGGAUCUACGUUAUCAGGUACAACAUCAAUCAUAGUGUCCGUUCGUCUAGUGAAAAAGCACUAAAGGGGAAGAUGCCUUUACCAUCUCAUGUGAAUGAGAGGUCGUGCGCGAGCGCGCACCCAUUAUGCCUCAUGUAAAUGAGAUGGUAGGACCACCUUCCCCUUCAGUGCUUUUUCACUAAACGAACGGACACUAUGAUUGAUGUUGUACGUAUGUAUUAGGGAUGUGCGGGUACCCAAUAUUAUGUGCUCGGGCGUGCUCGGAAAAAAUCGGGCGGACUCGGGCUGGUGUUCGAUACAUGCCUGCAGUCGGGUAGCCCGACUGCUUCGGAUCAGGUCGGAUACAAUCGGGCAGAUUCGGACGAGCACUCGCAAUAAACAUGUGCAAAAUCUGUUUUAUGUGGAAUUUUGGAAGAAGAUAAUUUUUAUUAUGUGGAAAAAUAAUACUUGUAACGAAUUGCAAGCAUUAACAAGUACAUGAAAGAUGGGUCGCAGACUGCGGCCUGCGGGAGCUCGUCCGAAUCUGCCGAUUUUAUCCGCACCAAACACUAAAUGGCCUACCCGACUGCACGUAUGUAUCGGACACCCUUCCGAGCCCGCCCGAGCCCGCCCGAUUUUUCCCGAGCCCGUCGGAGCCCUUAAUAUUGGGUACUCGCCAUCCCUAAUGUAUGUACAUACAUACAUGCGUAUAAUAGAGCACAGAUCUACGGUCAUUGGUCUUCGGUCUUCGCUCAAAACUUAAUGGCGACGUAAUACAAUGUAUACAAUACAAUAAUAAUAUAUAAGUUGCUCGAUCUGUUGAAAUUUAUUUAAUUGGGAUCACAGAAUAUUGAAAUAGAUUGUUAAAAGCAGUUUGUAAAUUACGUAUAUACAGUUUUCUUUUUUUUUCAGUUCUCUUUACUAUCUAAUGAUAAGUAAUUUUUCGCUUAUUUUGUAAACAAUUUUACUAGUUUGUAUAUAGUGUUUUCUGUUAUUGCUAUUGGUAUUAUCGUUAUUGUCGUUAUUGUCAUUGUCGUCGUUACUGUUAAAUAACAUUUUAUUUAAACGCGUCUUGUUAUUCAUGUUUUUAAGGAUUAUUACAAAAUAAUAUGUAAUUAACUUAUAAAUUAGUUUGUAAUUAGAAAUGAGUAAUAUAUUCUAUAUUUUCAACAUUCUCAACGUUACAUUCAGAUCACAUUCUUUAUGAAAUCUGUUAAGUUAACAAAAUAUUGUGCGCUUAUCAGCUGUGUAUACAUAUUUCUCUAAAUACAUACAUGAAAUUACCAAUAGCUUCAG